CCCAAUUGUUGUUCCGCCUCCGCCGCCUGCAGGUUUCGGGAGGGAAGGCCGCCGGCCCGCGGGGUACCGGCGGAGCGGCCGCUGGCCCGGCCAGUGCUGGUGGCCGGUGAUGAGUGCCCCCUGUACCAGCGCGGCUGCAUUUGUCGGCGCAAUUCCUUGCCGAAUCGUGGUGGCGAUGCACAAAUGUGGGUGGGCGCAAUUCCUUUUGGUCCGCUCCAAGCGCGGCCGUAUCUAUCCUGCGCCCGGUUCGUGUUUCUCGUGCUUUCUUCCAUCCUCGUUUCCUUGCCGAUUUUGCUGGCACGCGCAACUUUUGGUUCCAAUCUUUUCAUGUCCAGCAGCAACCCCACUUGGUGUCUCCACUAUCAUUGCGCGGACCACGGGAGUAAACUAGACAGUGCUAGGCUAUAGGAAAUGGUACCAAUUCAAGAAAAACACACAACUGCAACGUGGGCUUUCGGAUAUCCUAGCGAUGCCUUUUAUUGCCUUAUUGGAAUCCCAUGCAUCAUUGACCAUUGUCACUUUCAGUCUUCUGAUGUGCGGCCUUUUGGAUUUCUUAGGUUGAUUGAAGGUUAGUGAGUGAAAAGAUUGGCUAUGGACAGCUGUGUAAUCGAUAUUUAUCGUCAUCCUGGAUUCUGUUCUAUGAUAAAGGCAGGGUGCUCGGUUUUGGUCAUUCUGGAUUUCUGCUGCAGUAAAAUUCGGUGUUGACCCAGCAAGAAUCUUGAGCGUUGAAUCAAGAAUGAUGGGGCCUGGUGAAUGAUUUAGUGGAUGUCAUAGCUCACCCUACCUACCAAUGCUUGCUGAGUAUGUUAGCAUCAGUGGAUCUGUUCGCUUCGACUUUUCCUCAUGAAGUGUCCUGCCAAUUAUAUUGGACUUUGGUGGGUCAGUCAUUUUCACAAUAAAUCCGGAUUCCUUAGAUUAACUUAAAUUGCACAGCCUGAUUAACCUUCUUGUACAAAUUCGGCAAAGAGAGUUAUGAUUGGGGCUGUUAUUCGACGUCCACCUGUCACCAGAAACAUUCUGGACCAGAAUGACAGAGGGACAGCAACUUCAAGUGAAAUAUGAAGAAGUCAUAAUCCUUUUACUAUCACCCAGACUUAUGACUUCCUCAGUUCCAACUUGCGGCUUUCCUUUUGCACUCGUAUGCAAGCUAUACAAUUUCUUGAAGCACAAAGUUUUUAAUGUUAGCCACAUUGUAUUUUAUGGUAACUGGUUAUGCAUGCAAUUUUUAGUUUUAGAUAUUCCGUAAGUUUCUGUGUAUGAUUUUCUUUCAUCCAUCCGCUGGACGUUUAGAAUUUGAGAUUGACUUUAAUGUCAUAUGUUUGCUACUCCAUGUUGCUUCCCCCAAUAAAAAUUGCUUCAUUCUUGGACACGAUGGGGACAAUGUGUACCUUUGAACGCUAUUUUCUAUUAGAAUAUAUUUAUAAAGUAAAAUAAAUUUACGAGAAUAUGGAAAUGUUUCUAAAGACAAUCUACACAUAGGAGUGUUUCAAAACAAAUAUUUAGAAUUUUAAAAGUUUGACAUGACCUUGUGAGAAACAAAGUAUCUGUGACUAGACACUAGAAGGAGUAGAAUUAUAAGGAUGAAAGAAGUGAGGUUAUCAGGGAGAGGAGGAAUACCAUAUAGUUUGUCCUCAGCGACUCAGGUUUCUUGAUUAGUGAUUUUAUUUUUAUUGAAGAAGAUGGUAAAGAUUCCUCUUGAUUGAAGUUACUAAACCAUAUCACGAUCCUUGCUGCUAGGCUACAUAGCCCUGCUCCUAACAUGUGCUGGACUUCUGAUUUUCACACUUCAUGUGUGUAACUUUGUUUGCAUAACGAAUUUGUGAAAUUGGUCAUGUAUUCACACAUCACUUUCUGUUUCAUUUGCAGGAUGCACUUUUUCUCCUUUCAAUUCCCUUGCCACAGUUAAGCUUAAACUUGUUUACAGUUAACUGAAUUUGAUUUGGUAGUGAUUCUGGUUGUAGGAAUUCUCCUAUUGGCAAAUGGCAAUUACCUCAUAUUUGGCUAGUUUCUGCAUGGUUCAUCUUUGCCAGGCAGUGACUUGUAUGCUCUAGAAAAACAAGAAUGAAAUGAAAGUAAGAUUGUUAAAUAAGUGUCUGUUUACCAGUGCAUGUUGUGAUUCAAGAUUCAGCGCCACUUAUCCUUUAGCUUUGUAUGCUGAAGCAAAUGCUUGCUUUGGGUGAAAUGAUACAAAGAAGAAAGGAUUGAAAACAUCCAGCAGUAUCUAGUGGACUGGGGUAUAAAUAUUAAAUGGAAGUUGUAGGUAUUGCUGUUUAUUGAAGUGCCUUAGAUCUAUCAACUUCAGACAUCAGUGUAAAGUUGUGCAUGGUUAUCUGAUACUGCACUCUUCCUUUCUGUCGUCACUGUAUCUAUUCAAAAGUUUAUGACACAGCUGCUGUGAUGGAAUGUAGAACAUGAUUUCUUUUUUUUUUCUCUAUUUGAGACUUCAUGUAGGAUAGCACGUCUUCUUUUCCUGUGCUUUUUUUCUGGGGUCGUGAAUCUUCCAACUUUUGUUAAAGAAACUACAUGGUGUAAUUAUUUGAAGUGCUUCCGUUUGGAAUCUUCCAAUUUUGUGAUCUGCAUAGUAUCUUUGAAGAUAGUAUAUACGUGUGGCUUUUGGUCUAUAGAAAAAAGUGGUUCCAUUUUCAUUUCUAAAAAACUCGACCAGGGGGUAGAGCCUCCCCCCCCCCCCUCCCCCCCUGAUUUUCAUCUUAAGAAGCUUGUGUCGUGACCUGAACCUGGGUGACUUGGCGAACCACUUCGCUGGCGUGUUCAACCGACCAGUUGCACCGUUAGAGUGUUGGCUCCAUUUUCAUUUCUCUUACCUGAAUAAUGCACUUUCUCCUAAUUACUUGAUAUGAUGCCACCAAUUCACUAAAUGUGCGAUAGGAAUAGUUUAAUAGAAACUGGUACUAUUUUUUAGUCUACAGUUGUGAUUUACUCAUUUAUAAUAGGGCACCGGUGAGCUUUAAGCUUUUAUUCAUUUGUACUUUGUGCGACACACUUUUCUUCAUUUGUCACAAAAAGGAGAAAUCACCUAGUGCGAAGUCUCCUCAUCCAAAUAUUUAUAUCUCAAAAGUUUGGUCAUAUAUUAUCUUCUGCCAUGAUGGUUAGAUUCUGAAGCUGUCCCUUCAUGAUUCAGCAUGUAUAACUAAAUAUUUUGAUUGUUCAUAACUGUGAUAAAUGUUUAUUCCUUCUAAUUUGUCUACUUGCUAAUCACUACCACUGCUUUUUCACUACGUCUAGGUUUGAAUUUUCCCUGAAGUUUACACUUGACAGUGCUGGAGAUUGCAGCCCUUUUCUCAGUUGCUUCUGUUCAAGGGGUCUAGAUUCUGGCUACCUAGUUCUGUAAACCUGAUUCUGGUAAACUGUACAUAUGGAUAUAUUCUGCAGCAUGGUGCGCCAUGACAUCACAUUUCUAUGGUGCCUGCAAUUUAGAAGAUUACUUUUGACGGUCUCUGCACUGUACAGAGUUUUAGUAUAAUCUAUAAUCUUUUCCAACAAAAAGGGUAAUGUUUUCCAACAAAAAGGGAAACGCUACACAAAAACAUAUGUUCAUUUGGGUCGUAGUUAUUUAUGUAACCUGGAUUUAUCAAGGAUGCAGGAACCACAUGCAACUUUAUUUGCGUUCCUACUUUUUUGUUGCUGCCACAUGCAUUUUGCAUGGGUUUCCACUCCUUCCCUUCCCUCUGGCUCUGGGAUAUGUUUCGUUAGGUCCUGAAGCGAUGCUAUCAAUCUAUUUGACAAAAUUUUUUUUGUUUCUUUCAUGAAUCUACUUUGCCGAUAUGUGUAAUUCCACUCAAUGCCUUUUCUUUUUUGCUUUAUUUUCAUCUCUUUUCUGGGCAUAGACAUCCACUUAUUGUCACACGGCACUACCACAGUUGUAAUAAUGUGAUAUGCAGUGGGGUCUGCAUGUCCCAACAUCAUGCACCACACUUCUUUAAAACCCAGGGCUGAUGUGCAUCCUUUAGUCGAAGGCCACUAGGAGUUUCUGAUGGAGAACAACACUCCUCCAAAGUUUGGGACAGGUUUCUUCAAAACUUGCUUCAAUGGAGUUAAUGCUCUCUCAGGGGUUGGGAUAUUAUCCAUUCCAUAUGCAUUGUCUCAAGGAGGAUGGCUGAGCUUACUCAUUUUCAUGACCAUAGCAAUCAUCUGUUUCUAUACUGGUAUUCUCCUGCAGAGAUGCAUAGACUCAAGCUCGCUUGUUAAGACCUAUCCUGAUAUUGGUGAGCUAGCUUUUGGCCGCAAAGGAAAAAUCAUAGUAGCAAUAUUCUUGUACCUGGAGCUGUAUCUUGUUGCCAUUGAUUUCUUGAUAUUAGAAGGUGACAAUUUGGAGAAAUUAUUUCCAAAUGCCAACUUCCAUGUUGCUAGUCUCAAGAUUGGAAGCGAGCAAGGUUUUGUGUUGAUCUUCAGCCUGCUGGUUUUACCAACAACAUGGCUUCGGAGCUUGAACAUGCUUGCAUAUGUCGCUCUCGGCGGAGUCAUGGCAUCUGUCAUUCUAAUCGCCUCUGUUCUGUGGGUUGGAGUGUUUGAUGGUGUUGGUUUUCAUGAGAAAGGUGUGACUGUCAACUGGUCUGGUAUGCCAACUGCCAUGAGCUUAUACGCUUUCUGUUUCAGCGGCCAUGCUGUUUUUCCCAUGAUAUACACUGGCAUGAGAAACAGAAAAACAUUCCCCACAGUGUUGCUCAUCUGCUUCGUUAUCUGCACUCUUAGCUAUGGUCUGACAGGCAUCAUUGGAUACUUGAUGUACGGGGAAUCAUUAAAUUCCCAGGUGACUCUCAACCUUCCAUCAAAACGUUUUGCCUCCAAUAUCGCGAUCUACACGACACUGAUCAACCCUUUCACCAAGUUUGCGCUGCUAAUCACUCCAAUAGCAGAGGCGAUUGAGGAUAGCCUUCACGUUGGCAAGAACAGGACCGUCAGUGUCUUGAUCAGGACCGCCCUGGUCGUCAGCACGACAAUCGUAGCACUUGUGGUGCCGUUCUUCGCCUAUGUUGUCGCGCUUACUGGCUCGUUCCUGAGCAGCACGGUCACCAUGUUGCUGCCCUGUGUCUGCUACCUGAAGAUCAGCUCAAGGAACUCCAGGAAUCUGAGGUUGGAGCUGGUAGCUUGCCUGGGUAUUAUCAUGAUUGGGGCGGGAGUGAUUGUGGUUGGCACAUAUUACUCAGUGAAGCAGAUUGUUCAUAGCUUUUGAGUCAUGAGCACACUGACCUCUGUAUAAUACAUGAACUAUAUUGUAUACCUACCCUAGAAACAGCACAUCUGUAGCCUUGUACUCUCACCCUGAUAAGAUAGCUCAUGAAAUUAGUUGCAUAUGCAACCAAAAGUAAACUGCCUAUGAAUUUAGUUCCUCAACAACACGGAAUGCUUCAACUC